AUGCUGGUCUUUGUAUCAUGUGUCUACUUGCUUCCUGUUCCAGAUAACUGGAGUGGUCACAGAGUCUCCAAUGUCAUCUACCUGGGUGAUGUCCUUUACAUAGACGCUUCUGUUGCCAUUGACAACCACGUACCCCUGUGGCUGCACGUUGACAGCUGCAUCGCAACCCUGAGUGGCAACAAGGACUCUGAGCCCAGAUACGCCGUCGUGAACAAGCUUGGCUGCCUGAUGGAUAGCAAGGCACCAGACUCCUCCUCUUCCUUCACCAGACCUCCUCUGAACAAGCUGCGCUUUGACAUCACUGCUUUCAGAUUCCAGGAGGAUUCCAGGAGUUUGAUCUACGUGAAGCUGUGCAAGAGUGAUCAGAUCCUCUGUGUUGAACAGACUAGCCUUUAGAUCCAGACCCUGCCCCCUUAUUCCACCAUGCUGUUUGUGAUUGGUAUCCUAGAGACCAUCAACCUAAGCAAGCACAAUCCCAGCUCAAUUCAGAUGAGCACCUGUGGGAUGAACUUUGACAUUGCAAUCGUGGCAGUCUACCUCUGUGGCCCAGUUUCAGCUAUCUGAGAAAGCUCUGCAACACGCCUUCUGACAUUUGGAGGUGGUGGCCCUGUUAGUUGCAAGUCCUCUUCACACUGAUUUGGGGUUGUGUGUGAUUUUUUAAAUGUUUUUUAUUUUUAUAUUUAGUUGCUAGGUUACCCUGUUGCUUGCCCAUGCCCUCUGUUCUAAUCCUGUGUUGAAAUGUAUCAUACUUCUGUAGACCUUUUCAUAUCAAGUUUGGUUGGUAUUUGAUAUCCUCUUGCAGAAAUAUUGAAUCCUCCCUAUG